AUGAACAUCAAAGACAUACUGGUCAUGGACGACGGCGGCGACGACAGCAGUUCGAUGGACAAUCGCGGCGGCGACGUCAUCAACAACAAUAACAACAACAACAACAUUAGUAUUAGCGCCAUCGCGAAACGUUCCAAGAGGGAAGCCGUCCCCGGUCAAUCUCCGCUCCGGUUGCGCCACGACGACGAGUACGUGCUGCGGCACUGCGCGGACGUGCCGGACGACGGCGUGGACGGCGUGGACGGCGAUCCGAGACUCCAGUCCGGCGGCGACGACGACGACGACGACGACGAAGACGACGACGACGACGACGACGACGACGAGGUACGUGUGCGCGAGAGCUCGACGGUAUUACCGCCCGCGGCUUCCACCCCUCGCCACUACCGCCAGCCCCUCUAACCACCGUCCCCCCUGCCCGUUCGGGAGCGGAACCGCGUGUCGCCGCUCUCCGCGGAGCUAGGAGUUGUUUUUUUUUUUUUCGUUUUCGUUGAUUUUUUUCCCCGUUUUCUCUCUCACUGUGGCGCGCGCACAAAAGACCGCGCGGUGUUUCGUCUCGGCGCCCGUUAAUCAAUACGCGCAACACACGAAAUCGCGGCAUUCCGCCGUUUACCCGUCGGUGAAAGGGCGCCGCGCAUGGAGACCCAUAAAUUAUUGUUGCCCGUGCCGGUCGGCUGCGGCGCUUACGACGACGACGACGACGACGUAACACGCCGCGGAAACCGCGAGGCGAGUUAAUGAGCGAUUUCGCCGCGGCCCGUGCAAUAAUUGAAAAAAACUAAACGUUCGCGCGUAAAAGCUGAUUGCGUUUGGCCGCCGCUGCGUACAUGCGCAAACGAUUAGGAUAACCCGCACAUAAUGCACGGGGUCGUUGGUGAAUUUUUUUCCGACCGAUUGCGGGAAUCGGCAAUUUAACGGACGAGUUUGUUUACGAAAUUGCCGCGACCGGGCGCGUACGGGUAAAUCCGACAGCGCGGCACAAUGUCGACGUUCAAUGGCAAUAAACGUGGCGUGGUUUGUUAAUUUUUUUUUUUUUUGUUUUUCCGUCGCCAAAGUCGCGUGUAACUGUUGCGGGCCGCGGUGUCGGCGUGACGCACUCAUCAUUGUAACGAUAUCGCGCGUUCGGUGUAAAACGUCGGCGGAACGCGCGCGGGGGGGGGGGAAUGAUAAAUAUAGGCGGAAUAAAAGAAACCUCUCCCACCCCCACCCCCCUUCCCCCGAAGAGAAAAGCGCGAAAACGAUAUUACACGUUAUAACUAUUGUUAUUGUCGUCGAUCCGCGCCGCGACUCAGAAACGGUUUUUUAACCCCCCCCUCCUUUCCAGUUCCCGCCGGUCGAAACGCGCGCCGCCGCGAGUGUAAAAACCUGACCGCGUUCCGUUGGACCGCAGAACGUAAUAUAUUGUUUAGAAUGCCGAACGAUUACGAUUCCGGAGACUCGAGCCGCGCGCGCCUCGACGAUGAUUUUACGUGUUUUUUUUUUUUUUACGAGCUCCGCAAUCCCGCGGCACGUAUAAACCAGUCGGUUUUUUUUUUUUUUUAUAUAAGGCGACGAUGACGAUAAGCGAUCGUCGGUUUUCGUCGAACACUAUAAAUAUACCCGCGAGUGUACGCUACCACACAUAAUCCUUGUAUAGCGUGUGCGUGUGUGUGUGUGUAUAUGUAUAUAUGUAUAUGUGCGUUAUUAUAAUACUUGUUACGUACGCCUAUGGAGUUACGGAUAGUAAUACAAGGCGAACCCCCUCUCCUCCCCCCUUUGCCGCCCGCCGCGUUUAGAUUCGCUGCGAAAAUACUUCGAUCGGCGGUUAUUUCGAAAAUUACAACGGCCGGGGUACCCGCGCCGGAUACGGUCGUCGUUGGGUCACGCGACGAUUUCGUGGCGAAAGAAAUCGUAAAAAAAGCGUUUCGUUAAAUUUAAUUCUGAGAAACGACAAAUUUAAAUCGCGCGUUAAAUAAAAUAUUGGAAAAGCGAUAUUUAUGACCACCGCCGUCACAUUUGGUCGGUUUGCAUUCGUUGAAACUCAUCCUGUCGGGUGCUAAUAAAUUUCCAUACGCGGAAAACGGCCUUUCCACAUCAACUAAUGUUGAUGGUGGGUGCACGUUUCGUGUAAACCGAAUCGUUUAAACCGAAUGCCGUUUGACAUUAGUGUUCAAGCGCAGUGCCAUUCAUAAUGCUACGGCGAUCAUUAUUUUAUCGGUUGUCCAUUUUAUUACUGGUUUAAUUGUCGGCGGUACAAACGAACGGGGAAAAGAGUUUGAGAACAGCGCUUUUUGUGGAAAACGAAAACAGGUUUACUUCGUUUCAAUCAGAACCGAUUCGAAACGCAUAUGCGUGUAAAGAAAUUACGUUUCAAUCGCGUCGACCGCCGCGUCAAAAGAACCAUUCGCUACAAAAUCCGAAUCAUCGUUAAUAAUCGCCGUCGGUCGUGUUCGCAUUGACUUCGGCUAUCCGCGAUAAUUUCGAAAACCCCAACGAUAUUCGGUCAUACGUUUAUCUAUAACGCGCCCGAGGUAUUUUUCGGUUUUUUUUUGGAAAUCGGGUAACAUUACAUUAGUACCGCGCGCACAGUCACGGGGAUGCGUCCCUUCCGCAUUGACUCGAAAACGCGCGUAGGUGUACCUCUCGUAAUGUGGGCGGGCCUUAAUCCCCGUUGCACGCGGGUCGACGGGUAACGCGGACGGUUCGCGCGCGAUUGUUAUUUUACUCGUAAAUGUCCGGGCACGUCACGAAAUCCGUAUGCCGACUCACGAAUACGGGGUUCGGGAUGUGUACGCGCUGAACUACGUUAAAAAAAAUAAACGAAUAAAUAUGAUUACCCGCAGUAUACGCCCGUUAGCGGGGCUCGGGGUCUUUAUGCAUUUAAAAUCCACAGAAAAGCGUCAAAAGUGCGCCGAAAAAAAAAAAAAAAAAUGUUUAAAAAGCAGAAAUGACUAGACGUCUCAGUGGGGUAAAGCGAAUCCGCACGGCACUAACCAUUGAAUGCAAUUGUCUAAUACUAAAAAAAAACGGUUAACACAAAAUACUUACAAAUCGUGUUGAUCAUUUAUUUCUGGUGUUCGAAAAUCGUAUUUUAUAAAUUGUACGGGACACUUUACUAAAAACAUGCUACCAUUUUUUUUUUUGGUUUUUUUCAAGACUUUUUUGACGUUUUCGAUCGCUUUUCUGCGGUUUUAAGUACAUAAAGUCCCGAGUCCUGCUCGUCGGUUGUUUUUUUUUUUUCGCGAAAUUUCCGGUAACUACUAUCAACACCGCGGAGAGUGUCGGGCGCAAAACAGUAUCAUCACAACGGGAUCGCGUAUUUUUUUUUUUCUAUGUUGAAUUUCGUUUUAAAGCUGCCGCGGCCGGUUUUCCGUUCCGGGCCAUCUCCGCAAUGGACUCGCCGGGAAAAACUGGCGUCCCCCGGCCGGGGAGUUCCGUCGAACCGGCCGUUCCCGUUGUUUCGAUAAACCGCCGUCCGUCAUCAUUACCACCGCGUUACUGGUAUCCGUCCGGUAUCGACGCGAUUAUCGGAAGAAAACUAAAAAAAGGCAUCGCGGAACAACAAUAA